AUGUCGAGUCCCUUAAACGUCUCAAGGCUCGCUGACGUAGGCAUUCUUGACCUUUUACGAAACGACGAUCGCCCAACUUUUGUCCUCGGACCUUCUAACAAGAGUGUCGCAUUACGAGAACAGCAAGAGAUUGUGUUUACGAAUACCGCCCUCGAUACCCUUCGAGAGGAACAUGCACAACCAGGUGCGCUGGAAACCUGGUCUCAAUCGUUGCUCGGUGGCCCAGAAGAAAAUGACAAGAUAUGGACAUUUGCUGGAAGAGCAUGGGCAAGCACAUUGAUCGGUGACACUUGGCUAGUUGUAUACUGUGCCCAAGCAACUGCAACAGACACGAGCAAUCACAACGUCGCGUUCCAAGAUGCUCGUUUGAGCAAGCAGAAGGCGCCAUCAUGGGACAUACUCUCACCUCCACCGGAAUUGCCCGCGAGAGUUGUGGAUUGGACCAAAUUCGAUGUACCGGGCAUCUCUCCUCAUGUUCAGUUCAUCAAGGGCUUUGACUGGUCGUCGACUCCCUUAGGUCCUAUGUGUAAUUGGCCAGGCCGUUUGAGCUCAAUGGUUCUCAGUAUUUGCACGAAUCCCGAUCCGCGCGUCGUAGUCUGGGGCGAGAAUCUCACGAUGAUAUAUAAUGAGGCUUGCGCCUCGUUGCUCGGCGAGAAGCACCCCUACGCCAUGGGAAAGAGCUGUUCCGAGGUACAAGCAGAGAUAUGGCCUCAGAUGUCGAAGCUGUUUCAGCCUGCACUCUUGGACGGGAAAGCGAUAAAAUCGACCGAAGAACUCUCCUUCCAAGAAAGAAACGGCGUCCUCGAGGAAACCUAUUGGAAUUUCACCAUCUUUCCAAUCAUAUCCGCACGAGGCUACGCUCUUGGUGCAAUAAAUUCUCUGGUCGAGCUGACCUGGCAUGUAAUCAAUCAACGUAGAGGUGACGUGGUUGGAAAACUAAAGGAGCGGGUCUCCUCUAGCGCAACAAUAUCUGAGAUCUGGAACCAGUGCUUAGGCUGCCUCGAGGCAUACCCGGAGGACGUUCCCUUUGCAAUGAUAUACUCCAACGAGGAUGAUAGUGUCUCUUCAACUUCUAGCUCCUGGGCGAACUCACUGAGAAGAUACCAGCUUCAUGGCGCGCUCGGCAUUGAUCAGAAUAAUGCCGCUAUUCCUAAGGCAUUCGAUCUGACAGAUCGAAAGUCAGUAUAUGGUUUGGCGAGGGCCUGUCGAGACGCCAUCAUUCGCAAGAAGACCAUGGUCCUUCGCCGCCACGAUAACACGUUGCCGGCCGACCUCGCUACGGCAAUACCUGGCCGCGGCUGGGAAGAUCCCAUUGAAGCUGUCUGCGUAAUGCCGAUUGCUGUGAAUGUUGCUGGGGCUCUAGCAUUCUUCGUACUUGGACUGAAUCCGCGAAGGCCGUUCAACGAAGACUCUCUACAUUUCGCCCAUAACCUUCGUGACGUUCUGACAAAAUCAAGUUCUCUACUCAAUCAAGCCAGGUUCGAAGAGAUCCACGACAACCUCUCGACACAACUGAAGAUCAGCACAUUGAAAGCAGCACGAAACGAGGAGAGGUUUACUCGCAUGGCUGAGUCGGCACCAAUUGGUAUUUGCACUUUCCGUCCGGACGGUAAGCCUCUUUACUGUAACGACCAAUAUCUCAAUCUUGUUGGUGUGCCACGAGAAUACGACUGGAAGAAGCUUUGGGACUCAGGUGCAACCUGGCAAGAGCGUGUCCACCCUGAUGAUAUGCACGGUAUCCAAGCAGCCUGGAAAUCGCUUCUAGACAAGGAGAAGACAUCGUUGACUGUAGAAUAUAGGGUAACGACACCCUGGCGAUCUGUGGAUAAAGCUACUGGUAGCGAACUCACGGGAGAAACCUGGCUUUGCAACAAUGCAGUGGCUGAAUGUGACGAGAACGGUGAUGUGGUCUGUAUUCAUGCGUGGCUGCAUGAUACCUCUUUUCGACAUUACACGGAGACAUUGUUAUCCGCUCGACUCCAAGAAGCGCUGGAGACGAAGCGUGCCUCGGAGAACUUCAUUGAUAUGGUCUCACAUGAGCUGCGCAAUCCGCUCUCGGCGAUUUUGCAAUCAGCAGACAGCAUAAUCACAGGCCUUGACGACCAAGAAGCACGACUAAAGAAAGAUACUGAAACGCUCGAUGGAGUUCUCGAAGCUGCUCAAACUAUAAUCCUGUGUGCACAACAUCAAAAAUGUAUCGUCGACGACAUUCUCUGCCUUUCGAAACUCGACUCGAAUUUACUUGCUAUCACCCCGGAUAAGGUCUCACCUCCUCAACUGAUUGCAAAGGUCCUAAAGAUGUAUGAGGCCGAGCUCUCACGAGCAUCUGUGAAAGGAAAACUGGAAGUCGAGCAUAGCUACCAUAAUGUCAUGAACUCUCAUGAGUACGCGAUGCUCGACCCAAGCAGACUGCUACAAGUUGUGAUCAAUCUGCUCACCAAUUCAAUCAAGUUCACUCAGUUCUCGGAAAGACGUGGGUUGACGAUUUAUCUCGGUGCAUCUUAUGCCAAACCGACGGGAGCCCAUCACGAGAUAGCGUUUAUCAGUCCUCGCAAUGCUCGACACGAACACUCGACAUCAUUAUCUGCCGAGUGGGGUCGGGGCAAAGACAUCUAUAUCCAGAUUGCCGUGCAGGACACAGGUCGAGGUCUUAGCAAGGAAGAGAUGAGCCUCUUGUUCCAGCGCUUUUCCCAAGCCAGUCCAAAGACCUAUAAACAAUAUGGCGGUUCUGGACUCGGCCUGUUCAUAAGCAGAGAAUUGUGCGAGUUGCAGGGAGGUCAGAUUGGUGUCAGUAGUCCUGGCCUCGGGCAUGGUACCACCUUUGCCUUCUACGUACGUGCUCGCCGCUGUCCGAAAGAAGCCAAUUCUGUUCCCGAAUCACCGAUAUCUCUACAACAUGUCUGGAACACGCCUGUUACGGGAUCGACGGCUAUGCCAGCGCCCGCUGACUCCAAGGACGCCGGAAGCAUUCGGCCACCGCUCAAAACACAUACAUCUUCUUACGUGAAACCAGAAACUCCAGCACAGCCAAAGAAACCGGACAGGCCGCUACAUGUACUCGUAGUGGAGGACAACUUAAUAAACCAGAGAGUGAUGUCGCAACAACUACGCAAGCAGGGCUGCAUAGUACACAUCGCCAACCAUGGUCUCGAAGCACUGACUUUCCUUGCGAGCUCCGCGUUCUCCUCAACAACUCCCUCGACGCCACUGGAUGUGGUGCUCAUGGAUCAGGAGAUGCCCGUCAUGGACGGCAUAACCUGCGUACGAGAGGUUCGAGCUCGACAAAAGACCCAGGAAUUCAAUGGACACGUGCCCGUCAUCGCUGUCACUGCAAACGCCAGAAGCGAACAAAUCGCCGUCAUGAUGCAAGCAGGCAUGGACUCAGUAGUCACCAAACCCUUUAGGAUUCCUGAACUUGUUCCGCAGAUGAGAAAACUGGUAGAGAGGACGAACCCAUAUGAGGCAACCGGAGAUGUCGACACAGAAGAGCGGCCACCGAUGUCUCCCAAACCCCAAGACUUGGGAACUGCAACCCCAAUACCAGAACGCCCCCGAGUGUCUACGAAAUUCUCCUCCAGUUGGGAGAAGAUCGAGGGUGACCAAGCAGCACAUGAUCUCUGGUAG